AGCGCUCUUCGACUAUUACACGGACACCGACACAUACCGACACAAAUUAAUAUAUAUCUCUUUGACUGUGCAAUCCCACCAUGGGUUCUCGACAUGACAAUGAGACAGUAUUUUUCUGCCGCUGCUGCAUCAGCAUUAAUUUAUGACUCUCUCAUCACAUUGGAUUUGGAGGUCAAAUAUUUCUGGAAGAGGAAUUCGUGGAAUCUAGUAGAUGUCAUUUAUUUCUUAAACCGAUAUGUUGGAAUAUUCGGUGCUGUUGCAUACCUUCGUUUUAAUACGUAUGGAGUAAAUCUUCCAUUGUGUAACUUUACAUACUGGAGCCGAAACCUUUCCAACCUGGUUAUCAUUGCUUCAGUUGAUUACAUCCUGAUAAUCCGUGUACUUGCACUCUACUCCCGAGGCAGAUGGCUAUCGAUUAUAUUGAAUACCCUGUUUGCAAUUGAGGUUGCAAUCAAAUUUGCGCUGUUCGUCUACCUCAAUCUUGCAGAGAAACUUGCUGUGGCUGGGUUUACCGAAGACGUGACUGUAUGCGGAGCCGAUGCAGUUCCACCAUGGCAAUGGGGAAUCGUGGUUUGGACGAUUCCAAUUGCAACUGGAGUUAUACUUAUGGCUUUAGCCCUAUACAAAGCUACAGAAUUCUGGAAGAUGUCAGCAGGUUUCAGAGGAUUCUCGCUUGUUAAGGUGCUUAUUCAGGAUCAAGGGUUUUAUUUCUUCUUCGCUAUCAUAUUCUGCGUCUUCGACAUGAUGCAAUACAAGCUCGCUGUCGAAAAUAUUUUUGUGGCAAAUCUUCUGGCUUCGCUUGGCAAUCCGAUUUUUCUCUGCAUCCUUGGGAGUAGGAUGCUAUUCAACUUGAAAGAAGCUGGUGAACUAGGUGUAAAUGCUGGAACAAGUUAUAGAUUGAAGACUAUAUCUGUCGGUAACAUCGGUUUCGCAGAUCCCCAUGUGCAUAGCAACGAUGUCUCUUUUGGGCAGCAUAGGGCCCAGCAAGAAGGCAAUGGGAUGGUUUGA